CACUAAUAUCAAAACUAGCGUUGCAAGUUGAAUUCUUUUGACUCCCAUGGGGCUGUUCAUAAUUGACCGAAGUGAUAAUAUAGGUCAUAUCUGAUGAUUUCUUCAGGAGCACAAAAUACGUUUGACUAAACCAGAGCGAAUUCAAAAGGGGAUCUGCAUUGAUUCAUGCUGUGUGACAUUUUCAAGGCAUCAGAAAACGUGUAGCGCUUGUCACAAUAAUAAUGAAGCUAUCAGACCUAAGAAUCACACGUAAACCAUUAGAUCGUAAUAAGACCAAAGAAAUUAUAUCAAGAGUUUCUAGUUUUAUAGAGGAAUCGCAAAAUGUUAAGGCAGAUUCCUUAGAAGGUGAAGCGGAAGAUGGGAGUUACAUUGAAUUGAAUCUUCUAAUACCCUCCUCAGAUGCAAAUAAUGAGUCCUCGAAUCUUCCAAUUAACUUGUCCGACUCUUCAACCGAAUGUGAUGAUUCAUCUUCAGAAUCCGAGGGUGAAUCUCGUACAAUAAUUAUGCAGUCCACAGUUACUCACCCUCAUAAAUCUGGCAAACUAAUUGAAGAACUUAAAUCAAGUCAUACCGAUGAUUGUAUCAUGGAGUGAUUUGUAAAUAAUUGUAUUUUCAGAGUUUAUUUGGUUAAGACUAAGUACUCUAUGUGGUUUGUACUAAUUAUGAUGUUAUGACUCAGACUACAAAUUAUAAUUCAAGAACUUAUGAAUUCAGACUGCUAAUAUCUACUUUUUUAUAAACCUUCAGCAAACAAAACAAACAUUUGUUUGUAAUUAA